AUGACCGGGGUGGGACGUGGGAAAGGAGGUAAAGGACUGGGCAAAGGCGGAGCCAAGCGGCACCGUAAAGUGCUCCGUGAUAACAUCCAGGGCAUUACCAAACCAGCCAUCCGGCGCCUGGCUCGGCGCGGCGGCGUCAAGCGCAUCUCGGGUCUGAUCUACGAGGAGACCCGUGUGGUGCUGAAGGUUUACCUGGAGAAUGUGACCAGGGACGCGGUCACCUACACCGAGCAGGCAAAGCGCAAGACGGUGACUGCCAUGGAUGUGGUGUACGCUCUGAAACGCCAGGGCCGCACUCUCUAUGGCUUCGGCGGCUGAAGAACUCGCCCCUUUCUCCCGAGCACAACACAAAGGCUCUUGUAAGAGCCACCCACCGCCUCACAGAGGGAGCAGUGACCCGGCAGCAUGAGUCGAUGGAAACUUUAAUUAUUUGAUUUUAGUUAAUGCAUUUGUUGAUAUGUUGGGGGUUCAAUAUCGA